AUGUCAUCUUAUUCUGAUGCCAAUUAUCAUCGAUCAAUGAUUUUUCAAAAUCAAAUUCGAAUGAAUUAUAUUCAAACAUUGAAUCCCAAACCACAAAAUUUUCUUCUCAAUCUAAAUCGACGAAGAAUAAUUUGUUUAAUUUUAAUUUUAUUGAUUAUUUAUCUAAAACUCCUGAUUGAAGCAUGGAAAAUGCUCAAUGAAAUUUCUUCUAAAGAUGAAUAUUUACAUCAACAAUGGCUUUUUGAACAAGAGAAAAUUGUUAAUCAAAAGAAAAAUUUGCAAGAAUUUCUAAAUAAUUUAAAAUCGUCUUCAAAUGAAAGUACAAAACCUUGUAAAAAAUGUUUUGAUUCGAUUUCAAAGUUUUAUUCCAAAGCAAUCGUAAACAUCUAUGAAAAAAAUCAAAAUAUUAAAGAAGAAUACAAUCGAAUAGUACUUCCAUUACAAUAUCUCUCAUCUCUUCUUUGUUUAAUAAACAACUUUUUAAUUCAAAUUAUCUUUAAAAAAUGUUGGAAAUUUUCUUUUCUUUCGAAUAUUCUUCUUAUUCUUUGUCUUUGUAUUUAUGCCGAAUUGUUCCUUCCUAAUGAACCAAACAUCUCUUAUACUUUAUUCAUCGCUUGGUCAAUUGUUAUUUUUACAAUUUAUCUCUUAACUAAAGUCUUUUCAACCUUACUCAUCAUCGAACAUUAUCAAUUAAUGAAUCUUCAAAAUAAUAAUCAAUGA